AAAAAAACAAACGGAUGUGCUUCAGAAAACGAAACGGCUACCGCCCUCCAGAUCAUUUUAAUGCCAAGUUUUUUCCCUGUUUGUGUGUUCCUGUGCUUUCCGGCCUGUGCUGUGUGUGUUUGUGUGUGAAGGAGAGGUCCGCGGCCUGCGGGGGGAUGACAUGCAUGUGUCCAGGCAUUUAACAUCAUUGAGGAUUUUAAGACUAGUAGGCUGCCCUCCGCCAAGGCAUGAUGGACAUUCUGUACACAGGCCCUGUCCCGGCAGACCGCGAGUCUCCGAUGACGCGGAGCGAGACGUCCCCCAGCCGUGCCCAGCAUCACUCCCCUACACAGAAACCCAACACCUGCUGCUUCUGCUGGUGCUGCUGCUGUAGCUGCUCAUGUCUCACUGUUAGGAGUGAAGAUGACAAGCGUGGGCGGAGGAAAGCCCAGGAGACAAAGCUGGAGCCCUUUCCAUGUGAACCUUGCCCCAAACCGACGAUAGAGGAGAUUAAACAGUGGGCGCAGUCUUUCGAUAAGCUGAUGAAGAACCCAGCGGGGCGAAACAAGUUCCGUGAGUUCCUGCGGACGGAGUACAGCGAGGAGAACAUGCUCUUCUGGCUGGCCUGCGAGGACCUGAAGAAGGAGAUCAACAAGAGUGCCAUCGAGGAGAAGACUCGUUUGAUCUACGAAGACUACAUCUCCAUCCUCUCACCCAAAGAGGUGAGUCUGGACUCUCGGGUGAGGGAAGUGAUCAACAGGAGGAUGCAGGAUCCCACCCCUCACAUAUUUGAGGAUGCACAGCUGCAGAUCUACACCCUCAUGCACAGAGACUCCUACCCACGAUUCCUCAACUCCUCUGUCUACAGAUCACUGGUGCAGGGGGGGUCACGCUCCUCGUCUGAGUCAUAGACACCCGACUCCCUCCUCUUUCUUUCUCUCACUCUCACCACCCAGUUUCUCCCCAUUUCCCUCCAUCUCUCUUCAUUGCACAACCACUCGAGGAGAAAGUACUCCUUUUUUGUGUCGUCACGGUUGGAUUACCUUUUUUUUUUGCUUACUCCAUUUUCCUCUGUCAUUUUUAAGGGAAUCCCUCGUUUUUUGUGUGUUUCUUGUGAACUUGCACAGACUGAAACUGGAAGACACAGGGUUGAAAAUGCAGUUUUCAUUUUUCGAAACCUCUUUUUCCCCCCUCACCAUCAUUCCAAGCGUAUGUGGCAGCAGCAGUAUCAACUACUGAUUUUCACAGCCAUCUGGGGGUUUUUUUCACGCAAACAUAUUUUGCUACUUUUAUCUCCCGACGUCUCUAGUUGAAGAGAGCUGAGAGGGCCUCUGCAAUAACACACUGGAGUGGCCUGACCAAUCUGCUCCUCUCUCCUGACCCUUGACCUGUCCACUGUCUCUGUGCUCUGAUUGGCUCUUUGAGGCGAGGGGUCGAGAGCUGAUUGGCUGCAUCGUAAAGAGAGGAAUGGCACUUUUUCAAGGUGCUAAACAAAUAGGUACAAACAUAUUUACACACUAUUUCGAAUAAAAAUCAAUUUCCAGGCCCAGACAGAAUUUUCCAGAUUUAUGGUAAAAUGAGAGUACUAAACUCAUACUGGUAGCUGAAAGCAUUAUCAAAUUAGCCCAAAUAUUUACUAAACAUAAAGGCAGGGGGACGUAGAAUUUUGUAAAAGAGGGCAUAACUGUUUUGUUUGAGAUUUCUGUGUGUACAGAUUUUGUGUGGGCCUGUUGAUUUCAAGCAACGGUUAUAAGUAAAAAAAAAAUUUU